AUGUCAUAUUAUCAUCAUUUGAUAUAUCCUAUGCUUAACAUCUCCACCAUAACGCAAACUUUGCUACCUCGAUUAAUAAAUAUUUUACUAUCGUGCCAAAAGGAAGCAAACGAAUCUGGUGAAAAAGGCUUUAAAUUAAGUGUAGUAAAAAAUUUAACAAACAUUCAGAAUAUUUUUUCCUUCCACUUCAAAAGACCCGAUGGCAAACUUCACCAUAAAUUAUUAGCUUCGGAAUUUCAUGGAAAGACAGAAAAAAGGGAAGAGAAAAAAGUUGGCAAAGGUCUUGAAACCCAAAAAACUUUGAAUCACAGAAAAGUGGGACCAUCAGGCAAGAAGAAUGUAGAACGAGGACACACUAGAAAGCAGAGGCAGAACUCACGCACAUCGACAAUUUACGGAGAAGUUGAAACAAUAAGGGCGAUAAAAUACGCACUUUAUAAAUAUUUGAUUUUGCUGCUUGAAGCUCAUGAAUUAUUCAAAUCCUUCGUCUUGAUCAGCUUACGACGGAUUUAUGAAUGA